AAUUCAAGACGAUUGCGUUCAAAGGAGCAAUGAAGAUCCACUCCCUUCAGGAGGCACGGGGCAUUACUGGCAUGAAAGGGCUCGAUGAAAAGGUCGUAGAUGACUUCUCGUCGAAGCUCGACCUCCCACGGGCGCUAGAGAGUGUCGAAAGCAUUGACGCAAAUCACAUGCAGAUGGUCAGGUACAGCAGCAAAAACGAUCAAGGCUAUCGUGCCGUCUCUGGCAUCUUGGGGGCCUUUGUCCGACGGGAGCUAAAGACCCAGCAAAUACCGCCUGUCAAUGUCGCGGACAUCCUUCGUACGUAGAACCAUAGACUGCUCAGUAUAGGAAUGCGCAACGCUUACUAAACAUGCGGCGACUAGCAGAUGAUGCCCUGUUCAUGGUCCCUUUUUCAAGGGACGACAGCUUUGUUGGUCGGGAAGACAUAAUAGCAGAGAUCAGCGAGCGAGCAGCCUUGCAGAAACACACUCGCGUGGCUCUUGUCGGACUGGGAGGUAUAGGCAAGUCGCAGAUUGCAAUUGAGUAUGCGUACAGAACCCGAGAAGCGAAGCCGAACACCCUAGUAGUCUGGAUACACGCAAGCGAUCCCACCAGAUUCCAGCAAAGAUAUAGAGACAUCGCCGACGAGCUCCUCCUGCCCGGGCGGGAAGAUCCAAAGGCAGAUGUCUUGCAGCUAGUGUAUGCCUGGUUGUCAGACGGGAGGAACGGGCAGUGGCUCAUGAUACUCGACAACGUUGACGACGAUGGUGUUUUCUUUGCUGAUGACGAGGACACUAUAGGUUCGGCGCAGACGGUGCAUGCAGCGGAGCACAGGAAGCCACUCGAAACUUUCCUUCCCCAGACGGCGAACGGAACGAUCCUGAUCACAUCAAGGAACAGGGCUGCAGCGAUCAAUCUCGUCGGAGGACAUGGGGGCGAUAUCCAGGUGGAGCCGAUGGAAGAAGAGGACGCGCUGGCGCUGUUGCAGACAGGAGUGCCGUUUAGCGAGCCCAGCCGAGCGGACGCCAAGGCGCUCAUCCAGGCGCUGGAGCGGAUACCUCUGGCUAUCACACAUGCCGCGGCGUACAUCAAGACAAGAGCAGCGACAACGACCGUAUCCACCUACCUCGAGCUAUUCCGCGAGAGCGAGGCCAAUCAGGUGCAUCUCCUUGGCAAGAAGGAGUGGAAAGACAUUCGACGCGAUCACAGCAUCCGGCACGCAGUGAUUGCGACAUGGCAGAUCUCGUUCAGGCACAUCCAGAAGACGGAACCGCCGGCUGCCAACCUUCUCGCGGUGAUGAGCAUGUUUGAUAAGCAGGGGAUUCCGAGAUGGCUACUGCAGGCCAACACCAGCCAGCUGGACUUUGAUGAUGCUCUAGCGCCGUUGCUCAGCUUCUCCCUCGUGAGGACCGAGAUUGGGGAGCAGGUGCUUGAGAUGCACCGGCUUGUGCAGCUGUCGAUGAGGACGUGGCUGGAGGCGGAGAAGGAGCUAAGCAGGUGGGUGAAGAAGUCGAUACGGGCUCUCAGUGCAGCAUUUCCAAGUGGAGACUACAAGACUUGGGAGGAGUGCAAAGUACUCCUUCCGCACGUCAAAGAGGUUGUGGGCCAUACGACAGAAGACAAGGAGGAUUUUACGAACCAGGCAAAGGUUGCGCUUAGCGCAGGAUGGUAUCUGCUCUUAACAGGCGAGUACAAGGCGGCGGAGGGCUUUCUCCAGAUGGCAGCGGACACUAGAGAGAGGGUGCUUGGGCCAGAGCACCCCGACACGCUCAUCAGCGUCAGCCAGCUUGGGGCGGUGCUGGAAAGGCAGGGCAAGUACGAGGAGGCAGAAACAAAGCAUCGACGAGCGCUGGAAGGAUAUGAGAAGGUGCUUGGUCCAGAGCACCCUGACACGCUCGCCAGCGUCAGCCAGCUUGGGGCGGUGCUGGAGAGGCAAGGCAAGUACGAGGAGGCAGAAGCAAAGCAUCGACAAGCGCUGGAAGGAACAGAGAAAGUACUUGGACCAGAGCACCCCAACACGCUCAUCAGCGUCAGCCAGCUUGGGAGGGUGCUGUCGAGGCAGGGCAAGUACGAGGAGGCAGAAGCAAAGCAUCGACGAGAUCUAGAAGGGUCAGAGAAGAUGCUUGGGCCCGAGCACCCCGACACGCUCAUCAGCGUCAGCCAGCUCGGGGCGGUGCUGGAAAGGCAGGGCAAGUACGAGGAGGCAGAAAAAAAGCAUCGACGAGCGCUGGAAGGAUAUGAGAAGGUGCUUGGGCUAGAGCACCCCGACACGCUCACCAGCGUAAGCCAGCUUGGGACGGUGCUGUCGAGGCAGGGCAAGUACGAGAAGGCAGAAGCAAAGCAUCGACAAGCGCUGGAAGGAUAUGAGAAGGUGCUUGGGCUAGAGCACCCUGACACGCUCGCCAGCGUCAGCCAGCUUGGGGCGGUGCUGGAAAGGCAAGGCAAGUACGAGGAGGCAGAAGCAAAGCAUCGACAAGCGCUGGAAGGAAGAGAGAAGGUGCUUGGGCCAGAGCACCCCGACACGCUCACCAGCGUCGGCAACCUUGGGUCGGUACUAUGGAGCCAAGGACGGCUGGCGGACGCUGAGGGCUUGGAAAUACGGGUCAUGGAGGGAAGGAAAAGAACGCUUGGGGAUGCCCACCCAGACACGCUGACAGCAAUGGCCAACCUCACGUUUACUCUCAGGUCGCAAGGUCGCAAUCUGGAGGCUUUGUUGCUGAUGGAAGCAUGCGUUCAAGUGCGGGCCCGGGUCCUUGGGCUUGGCCAUCCCGACACCGAGUCUUCUACCGCAACGUUGAACUGGUGGCGCUUGGAAGACCUGGAUAUAGGAGUGUGAAGGUGACUGGUUGGGGCGUUGAGCGUGGCUUGUGUACAACGAUAAUCAUAACAGCAAUGCAUACAAGCCAUUCUGUUGCAGUA